GYSUUUGCGACUCAACGAGAAAACUCAACAUGUCUUCCAGAAACCCAAAAGUUUCUGACGGAGAUUGGAUUUGUGCAGAUGAAAGCUGUGGAAAUGUCAACUUUGCGAGACGCACCGUCUGUAACAGAUGCGGAAAGGCAAAAGUUAAAGCAAAAGUUGACACCAUCAAACUUAGUGGUAUGAAGGUUGGAAAGCAAGCUGCAUCAAAGAGUGGUGGCCUGUUCAGUGAAGAAGAUUGGAUUUGCUCACAGUGUGGUAAUGUGAACUGGGCAAGACGUAAUCAUUGUAACCUCUGUAAUAAACAAAAGUUUUCAAAGGUGGAAGCAAGAACAGGUCUUGGUGGUGGUUACAAUGAGCGUGGGAAGGUGGAAUACAAAGACAGGGUGCCUUCUGAUGAUGAAUUUGACGAUUUCGGCCGCAGGAAGAAGAAAAAUAAUGCAUCUAAGAAUGAAGAAAAGAAAGAGGAAAAACCUGUUGUUCAAUAUAAUGAAGAAGAAGAGGAAGAAGAUGAUGAGGAUGGUGAUYUGUCAAAGUAUAAUUUAGAUGAUGAGGAGGAUGAUGAUGAUGAUGAUGUUGAUCUAUCCAAGUAUGCACUUGAUGAGUCAGAUGAAGAAAGCAACACUCCCAAGAAGAAGGGCCGAACUAGGUCCAGGUCAAGUUCCUCAUCAAGGUCACGAUCUAGAUCUCCUAARAGCAAGAAGAGGAGAAGAAGGAACAGUUCCUCGUCAUCCAGUCGAUCAAGGUCUCGUUCCCGCUCCAGAUCCCKCUCAAGCUCACGAUCUAGAUCAAGGUCUUCUUCAAGUUCUUCCUCUCGAUCCCAUGGAAGCCGCAGAAAAAAUCAAUCUAGAUCAAGUUCUAGAUCUCGUUCCAGGUCACCGAGGGACAGGAGAAGACGAUCCCGGUCAAGAGAAAGAAAAUAGCAUACCUGGUGGAAGGUCAAGUAAGUUGGGGAGUGAAAUGGCGCUGCCAAACACAAGUUUAUGACAAGGAUCUAUAUAGUGCACAUUAAAACAUUACCAUCAAUGAUUUAACUUGCAAAGAAAGUACUUAGUGAAUCAACUUUUACAAUGAUGACAAUGAUGAAUGUUUAAAACAAGUGUGAAGAAUUAUUCAUCUCUUAUUUCUUUGUUAACCUGACAAACUAUUUUGUGAAAUGUGUUUGGCAUACACCCAUGAGUGUAGGGUUUAUUUAGAUGGUACUGUUUUAAUGAGCUGCCUUCAGAUUAAUUACUGACAAUCACUACUUCACAAGUUCCUUUUCAGGUUAAAGAUUGAAUCCUCAACAUCCCACAAGUCUCAACAUUCAUCAUAGGUUUUCACAUUUUCAAAACUGAAGAUAACUUAACAUUCUUAAACAUUUUGUCACUAACUGGUGUAAGUAUUUGGUAUAUCUCGAAAAGAAAAAAAUGGAGACUCGUAUUGGGAAAAGCAUGCCUAGCCUAGCUUUAACUUUGUAAGCUUAUUGUAAGGUAUCUUUACUAAUAACGUGACAACUGAAUAAAAUGUUUUAUUAACACAGCAAA